CAAGAAAAGAAAGACGAAACUACUGUGCCAGACAAAGGUGAUUUCAAGAUAGAAUCCUCUCCCUGCUACCUGUUGACCGUAAGGAUCAUCCGGAUGAGAAAUCUCCAGCGAGUGGAUGCCUUAAGCCAGGCUGAUUGCUACGUCUCAUUGUGGCUGCCAACUGCGACAUGUGAAAAGUCACGCACUAAAACUGUGAGAAACUCCAACAAUCCAGUGUGGAAUGAAACCUUCUACUUCCGAAUCCAGAGUCAGGUCAAGAAUGUGCUGGAGCUGACAGUGUAUGAUGAGGAUUUUGCUACUCCUGAUGACCAUCUCCUCUGUGCAAUCUUUGAUACUGCUAAACUUCCAAUUGAAAGAACAGUGGUCCUGUACUUUAAGCCUAGCCCAAAUGCCAAGGAGGAGCUAGAGGUUGAAUUCAAGCUGGAGUCUGCUUCUGGUCCUCAUGAAAUGAUUGCUACCAACGGAGUGCUGGUGUGUCGUGAACUUUGCUGCUUGGAAGUUGAAGUGGCAGAGAAGAUGAAGCAAAAAUCAAAGAAAGAACUUUCCCUCACUGUGAAGGGCUCCUUUGAGGGGACACAGGAUAUCACGCUGGGCCCCAACGGAGUGGUCAGCCCAUCAUGUCCCACCAAGUUCCACUACAUCAAGUACGCGGAGCCAACACUGGAUGUCAUGUUGCCAAAGAAGAGGCGCUACCACCCUUUGUCCUGUAAGUUCAGUACAGACACGGGCUCCCCAGUCGUGAUGCUGAAUUCACUGCCCAUGGGAAGGAAAACAACCAUUGCAGAGGAGAAAAGAUUUGACUUAAAUGUGACAGCACAAACCUGUAAUUGUUCUUGCCACCAAGACCUGGACAUGCGCUUUGGGUUCGACUUAUGUUCAGAAGAAAAGGCUUUCCUGGGGAAAAGAAAGAGAUAUGUAGCAAGUGCCCUCAAAACUGUUUUUCAUCUACCACAGGAACUGCAGGAUCAAGAGGUCCCCGUUGUGGCUAUCAUCACGACAGGUGGAGGACUGAAGUCAAUGACAGGACUGUAUGGCAGCCUCAUGGGACUCAAGAAAUUAAAUCUCCUGGACUGCAUAACAUACAUCAGUGGGCUGUCCGGCACCACAUGGACCAUGGCCAACUUAUACAGAGAUGCCUACUGGUCACAGAAAGACCUGGACUCGCAUAUUGGUGAAGCCCAGAAACAAGCAACGAAAUGCAAGAUGGGCUGUUUCUCUAUGGAUCGCAUGAAGUACUACAACAAGCAGCUUUGUCAGCGGAAAGAAGAGGGAUACAGGACAUCAUUUAUAGAUCUUUGGGGUCUCAUGAUUGAGUACUUGCUAAAUGAUGGGAAAGACCCUCACAAACUUUCAGAGCAGCAAGAAGCACUCUGUGAUGGCCAGAACCCACUGCCCAUCUAUGUGGCAGUCAGCGUCCGGGACAGUUACAGCACCAAUGAUUUCAAAGAGUGGGUGGAGUUCACCCCCUACGAGGUGGGACUUCUGAAGUACGGCGCAUUCGUUCGCACAGAGAAUUUUGGAAGCGAGUUCUUCAUGGGACGCUUGUUAAAAAAGCUCCCUGAAUCCCGCAUCUGCUACCUUCAAGGUAUGUGGAGCAGUAUAUUUUCUGUGAACCUCUUACAAAUAUGGGGACUUUCCCACAGUUCAGAGGACUUCUGGAAGAGGUGGACACAAGACAGAAUAGAAGAAGUUGAUGAAGACCCCGUGUUGCCCACAAGGCCCCAUGAGCUGAGGACUCGCAUGUACACUCCUCCUGGCCCCUUGUCCAGUGCCCUACGGGGAGCGUUGACUGAUCGUUUCUCUGUCGCCCAGCACCACAAUUUCCUGAAGGGCUACCAGCUGCAUAACAACUACAUGGAGAAUGAGCACUUUUGUCAAUGGAAAGACACUGUGUUAGACUCACGUCCCAACCAGCUGGUGCAAAAUCCUGAUCAACUAGGCAUGAUAGAUGCUGGGUUUUUCAUCAAUACCAGCAGUGCACCACUUUUAAGGCCACAGAGGGAAGUGGAUGUCAUCAUAUAUCUAAGUUAUACGACUGGAUCACAUACAUCGCCUCUAGAUAAGGCAUGUAAAUACUACUCGGAGCAGAAAAUCCCAUUCCCCAAAAUUUCUUUCACUGACGAAGAAAAGAAAAAUCUGAAGGAGUGCUACCUCUUCCAUGAUUCAGAUUUGCCAGGAUGUCCAAUUGUGAUUUUUCUUCCCCUUGUGAAUGAUACUUUCCAAGAGUACAAAGCACCUGGAGUCAAGCGCUGUUGCUCAGAGAUGGAGGGAGGACAACUUGAUUUGACCAGCUGCUCUUCCCCCUACUGCAUGUUCUCGGUCAGGUACACGGAUGAAAAUUACCGCAAGCUGCUGAAUCUCAGCGAAUACAACAUCCUGAACAACUCUGACAUGAUUAUGCAGGCCUUGCAGAUAGCAAUGCAAAGGAGAAGGCAGAAGAUGUGCUGA